GAGGAAAGAGCCACCUGCUUCGGAGCGGUCGCGAUUGGCGCCUCGCUCGCCCGCUCUCUCGCUCCUUCGUUCGUGCCUCCCUCCUCGGUCGCAGAAGAAGCCGCCAGCGGCUGCUUUACCCGAAGCCUCCAACUUCGGCUUCUACUCCCACUUUCAUUGGACCUCGUUGGCUGGAAAGUUGCGGAGCCUCCGCUGCGGUUCCUCUUAGGAGAAGAAAGCCGCCGCCGCCGCCGCCGCCGCCUCUCUCUGGCGGGGAAAAGAAGCCCGCGCCCUCGUCUUUCGUUCCUUUCUUCGGGAGGAGCAGCGGCCGAAGUCGCCGUUCGCCUGGCGGAGAGGCGGAAUGGAGAUGCCCUCCGCCGUCGCCUCCUGCUUUCCUUGCCGGCUGCAGCGGCAAACGCCGCUUUUCUUCCUCUUGGGGUUGCUGCUUUCUGCCCUUUCUCUGCGGCCAGGACUUGGAUUAUAUACAGUAAACACAGUAUAUGGAGAUACCAUUGUUUUGCCUUGCCAUUUAGAAGUUCCUAAUGGUCUUUUGUUUGCAAAAUGGAAAUACGAAAUUGCAAACAAGGCUUCAGAGUCUAUUGCUUUGCGAUCUGCAAAAAAACCAAGUGCACAAUAUGACAAUGUGCCAGAAUACAAAGACCGAAUAAGUCUUUCUGAAAAUUUUACCCUGUCCAUUAAUAAUGCAAGAAUUGGAGAUGAAAAGAAAUUUGUAUGCAUGCUUGUAACUGAAGACAAUGUCUUUGAACAGGCUACACUCGUCAAAAUUUUCAAGCAACCAUCAAAGCCUGAAAUUAUAAGUCAAGCAGAAUUUCUAGAAACAGAAGAGUUAAAACUGCUUGGAGAAUGUAUUACAAGAGAUGGUUAUCCUGCAGGAAAUAUAACAUGGUUUAAGAAUGGAGCUAUUCUGCAGUAUACUGAAGAAGCUGUUGUCAUAGAUGAACAAAUAGAUGCAGAUAAAGCCAGUGGACUCUAUACCAUCAAAUCUUCCCUAAAAUAUAAACCAACAAAGGAUGACACAAAGGCACAGUUCAUUUGUACAGUGACAUAUUUUGGACCAACUGGACCAGAGAUAAUACAAUCAGAAUCAGCAGUCCCUGACAUUUACUGUAAGCUAGAGCAAGAAACAAUAACAACAACAUCUGAAAACAUAAGUGAACUAGAAGUUGUACACAAAACAUAGACAUUAUAUUGUACUGCAAACUUUUAUUUAACCUUUUUUUUAAAGGGAGAGCCUGAACCAAUUCGAAGUUCCAGUUUUCAUGUGUUGACUGAUGUAAGAAGAAAUGCAACAGGCGAAUACAGAUGUUCUCUGAUUGAUAAAACUUUGAUAGAUUCCAUAACAGUUACAGUACAUUAUUUGGAUUUGUCACUUACUCCCAAUGGAGAAGUUAUUAAACAGAUUGGAGAAGCAUUGCCUGUGUCUUGUACAAUUUCUUCCAGUAAAAAUGCUACUGUGUUCUGGCUGAAGGAUAAUAACAGAAUGAGGUCAACUCCUUCUUUUUCGAGUUUGCAGUACCAAGAUGCCGGAAAUUACAUCUGUGAAACAACUUUACAAGAAGUUGAAGGCUUAAAGAAAAGUCAAAUUCUGACAUUGAUAGUACAAGGAAAGCCUCAGAUCAAAAUGUCAAAGAGAACCAGCACAGAUGGAUCUUAUAAAACUAUAGCCUGUCACGUAGAAGGAUUUCCCAAACCUGCAGUACAGUGGACUAGCAGUGGAGGUGUCAUAAAUAAAACAGAAGAAACUAAAUAUAUCAAUGGAAAAUUUAUUAGCAAAAUCAAAAUUGCUCCUGAAGACAAUAUUACAUUAACCUGCAUUGCUGAAAAUCUACUAGAAAGAGCUGUCACCUCUUUGAAUGUAUCUGCUAUAAGUAUUCGAGAAUCUGAUGAACCAGAAGAAAAAAGUGAUGAUAAUAGGGAAAAUGUUAAUGAUCAGGCAAAAUUAAUAGUGGGAAUCGUGGUUGGUCUUCUUCUAGCAGCAACGGUGGCAGGUGUUGCUUAUUGGCUAUACAUGAAGAAAUCAAAAUCAGCUUCAAAACAUGUAGCUAAAGAUCUUGGAAAUAUAGAAGAAAAUAAAAAGUUAGAAGAAAACAAUCAUAAAUUGGAAGCUUGAAACACCAAACUAUUUGAUUGCCAUUCCAGAAAAUAAACAGACCAACUGAAGCAUGAACAUGGAUUAUGUUUAAGAUAUAUAAGAAGAUGAGACGGCUUAUACAGAUCAUUGUUUCAAGUUUUCAAAAAAUAUAUAUCCCGUUUUCUCAAGCUUACAAAAUUUCAGCAAAACUAAUUUUGGCAACAGCCGUAAUAAUAGGUCAAAAAUUGUGUUCAGUUUGAAUAUAUAUAUUAUUUUUUUGUAAAUGUCUGCACUGAAGAUUACUUUUGGUUUGCCUUUAUGUAAAUUUUUUACGUAGCUAUUUUUAUACACUGUAAGGCUUUGUUCUGGGAGUUGCUGGUAAUCUGAUGUAUAGUGUUUUUAUUUUCAUCGUUUUUGCACCCUUUAAAGAGGUACAUUUCUAAUUCUGACUGCUAUCAGUAAAUCUACUACUUUGCACAGUGAGUAUUUAAUUUAUGAAAUUGCCUUAUGGGAAAAGGAAACAUUUCUUUGUUUUUCAAAAAUCACUGUAAGAAAAAAUAUUUUAAAAAAAUAUGUAAGGGAAAAAUAGAAAAAAUCAAAUUAAACACUUUAUAAUAUAAUACAAAUCUGCUAAACUAUUAAUAACAUGUACAUAAUUGUCAAAGGGUAAUCAGGUAUUAUUCAAGAUUCAUGUUAUUGUGUAUACCGAUGUCUAUUAUGAAGUCUUUUUUAGACAGGAAAAAUCUUUUUAUUGAUAGCAUUCUGAAAAACAAUUGUUUUUUCAAUUACAUGAUAUAUAGUAUGAAUGACUGGAAUUAAGAAUUAGUUCAGAUUUUUUUUGUUAUCCACUGCCUUAAAAUUACCUUUGUUUUUUAAAUUUCAAAAAGGAAAAAAAAAUAAUUGGAGGUUUUUUUUCUUUUUUCUUUUAAGUAGUCAUACUUAAGCUGCAUUUUUCCACAAAAUAGAAUAUAUAUAUAUUUUUGUGUGUAUGUGUGUGUGUUUGUUAACAACACUACAGAUAUUGCACCUUGAGAUGAUUUUAGUGUUUUUAACUGGUACAUAAUUUAUCAAAAGUACAGAAAUUGUAACAAUAAAAUGAAAUCUAUGUAUCUUUAGUUACACCCAAGACUGUAACUUUGUAGACCUGUUUUAUGCUUUAGAAUUUUUUUAGAAAGUUAGCAUAAAAAGAAACAUUUGGAUAGAUCAGGACAAAUAGUGUUUAGCAAUGUUUCCUCUUUUAGCAGAAGACUAGGACAUAAUAACAUUUUUUAUCAGCAGGAAGAUAGAAUUAGAAUAAGCGUAUGGCUUGGUUCACCGAUUUAUGAGUCUGGGGAAAGGAUGAGUCUCUAGCUUAUUGGAAAGUUCUUAGAAAAGAAAUGGAGUUGGAAAUUAGGAAAUGCAUUUUGCCACACAGGAGAGGGGAGAAACUGUUGUGAUUUUGUAAAAUGUUAAAUGUUUGGGCAGUAGUGAUUAAUAUCUUAAAUAAACCCUUUCUAUAAUGUAUUUGGCAUGGAUUAAAUACAUGAAAUGUUCUAGAAAUUCAAUAGUGUAAAAAUAUUAUAGAAGAAUCCUGUAAAAAGUCCUCUCUGCACUGGUUAAGGCUUUAUUUGGCAAUGUAACAACAGCAAAUCUUGAUAAAUGUUAAACCAAAGUUAAAAGGGGGAUAAAACCAAAGUCUUGUGUUCUAUAUGGCUAAGCCAUUUAUGAAAGCUAUGUAAAUACUGUGAUUUUUCUUUCUUUUCCUCCUUUUCUUUUUUUAGAAUUUGUUUACAAUGAUUCUAAAAUUUUUAAGCACCUGUUUUCCAAAAUAAAAUGUGAACACAUGCAAAAAAGAUUAUAUAUAAUUUGUUCUGAUGUGAAGUAAUCACUACCUUUAAAAGAAAAUUCAACUAUUAUGAAUAUAGGAAAGGGGAAAAAAGAUUUAAAGUGCUACAUAUUGGCCUUGGAUAAUAUGAAAUAUAAAAAUAAAUACAAAAAAGUAUUUCCAUUUAGGAAAGGAGAUCUCUUUGCUCUAUUAAUAAAAAAUAAAAUUAUUCACA